AUGGAUCCCGGUCGACAGGCAAUGAUCGAUAGUGGGAGGUCGCCGCAACGGCAGGACAGGGACAUCACGGGCCCACGACGCGAUCCCAAUAACCGAAUCACCAAGCCCUCGAAACCAAGCCCUUCAAACGCCGCAGCCAGUACUGCCCGCUUCCUCAGCCAAGACGAUCAAUCCAGGAAAUUUGUAGCCGACGAAGACAAGUUUGUCCUCAAGCAGUCCAAGAAAAAGGCCGACAUCAGAGUCCGAGAGCGACGAGCCAGACCUGUCGACUACCUGGCCUUCAACCUCCGUUAUAUUGACAACGAUCGGGACGUCUUCGACGAUGACGAUGGGGAUAUCGAAAUAGAGGUACCGUCACCUGAAAGAAUAGUGGACAGCUCGAACUUGGCAGAGCUUAAGGAGCUGGAGUCAGAUAUCACCUCGUUCCACACACUGGAGACCAGCCAGAGAAACCGCGACUACUGGAGCUCUCUUCUCACUCUCUGCAACGAUCGGAGGACGAAACUACAGGGAAAUGACCACGAAGGCCGCGCCGUCAGCUCCGUGUCCUCGGAUGUCGACAGGAUCCUUGGUCCCAAGACGUUUGAGCAACUCGAGAGUUUGGAAAAGCAGAUCAAGGCGAAAUUACAGUCGGACGAGCAGAUCGAUACGGACUACUGGCAGGGGCUUCUGAGAAAUCUGCUGGUUUACAAGGCAAAGGCGAAGCUCAGGAAGAUUUGCGAGGCUAUUAAGGAGAGCCGCAUCGAGCAGUUCAGGUCCAUGAACCCAGCCAAAGCAGACGCUCUUGCAUCGGCCGAUGUUGAUGGCUCUCGGGCUGCGGUGAACUCUGGAGGGGCCACCUCACGAGCGCCGAAUCUUCCACCCGCCGCUUCCUCUUCUGCUGGUGCCGGUGCUGCUGGUGCCGCCUCCGAAGGCAGCAGUGCGCCCCCUGGAACCGCACGAUUUGCGCCGAGCGAAGCGCAGGACUUCUCCCAGGCUACUCGAGCCCUUUACGAGCGUGAGGUGGCGCGCGGAAUAAGCGAAAACGAGGAGAUUUUCACGGCAGAGGAGGCUGUCCCCAGCGCCGCGAAACCGAAAUGGGCCGACAAGUAUCGGCCUCGAAAGCCCCAGUACUUCAAUCGUGUCCAGAUGGGCUACGAAUGGAAUAAGUACAAUCAGACGCACUACGACCACGACAAUCCUCCCCCGAAGGUGGUUCAGGGUUACAAGUUCAACAUCUUCUACCCGGACUUGAUCGACAAGACCAAGGCGCCCACGUUCAAGAUCAUCCGGGAAGGCGGGCGACGCAGAGGAGAGUCUUUUGCCCCGGCAGGCGAGGAGGAUACUUGCCUACUCCGAUUCAUAGCGGGUCCGCCGUACGAAGACAUCGCAUUUCGCAUUGUAGACCGAGAAUGGGACUACUCAGCGAAGAGGGACCGGGGCUUCCGAAGCAGUUUUGACAAGGGCAUUCUUCAGCUACAUUUCCAGUUCAAAAAGAUUUACUACAGAAAGUGA